GCGGAGCUGUCGGCUCUGAGAGAGAGUGAGAGGCAGGCAAGGCAGGCAACGGACCAGCGCGGGCGGGCGGGCGGAGGCACGUGACGGGCAAGGAGGCGCGAGGGGGUUUCUCUGAGGAGCCUCGGCGGGUGGGCUGUGCUGUGCGCGUGGAGCGAGGUGCAUGACCAUGAAACAAAGGUGGUUGCUGUGUGCAGCAUUGCUGCUAGUUGGAAACAUUCUUGUCCUUGCUCAUGAAGCAGAUGAUCAUGAUGAUAUUGAAGACGAUGUAAUAGAUAUUGAUGAUGAUCUUGAAGACGGCGUUGAAGAGGUAGAGGAGCUGAAACAUGAAGUCAGCACUCCACCCCCACUCCCAAAGGUUACCUAUUCAGCCCCAGUCCCAACAGGAGAAGUUUAUUUUGCUGAGAACUUUGAUAAAGGAACUUUAGAAGGGUGGGUUCUUUCCAAGGCUAAGAAAGAUGAUACAGAUGAUGAGAUUGCCAAAUAUGAUGGCAAAUGGGAAGUGCAAGAAAUGAAGGACACUAAACUUCCAGGGGAUAAAGGACUUGUGCUGGUUUCUAGAGCUAAACACCAUGCAAUUGCCGCCAAACUUAACAAGCCCUUUAUCUUUGAUAGCAAGCCCUUCAUUAUACAGUAUGAGGUCAAUUUCCAAAAUGGAAUUGAGUGUGGUGGUGCAUAUGUAAAGCUGAUCAGCAAAGGUCAUGAACAGCACUUGGAUCAAUUCCACGACAAGACUCCCUAUACGAUCAUGUUUGGACCAGACAAAUGUGGAGAAGACUACAAAUUGCAUUUCAUCUUCCGGCACAAGAGUCCCAAAACUGGAAAGUAUGAGGAGAAGCAUGCAAAACGUCCUGAUGCUGAUUUGAAAAACUAUUUUACUGAUAAGAAGACCCAUCUGUACACAUUGGUUUUGAAUCCAGACAACAGCUUCGAAAUUCUGGUUGAUCAAACCGUUGUAAAUAGCGGGAACCUGCUGUCUGAUAUGACCCCUGCUGUGAAUCCUCCACGUGAAAUAGAAGACCCAAAUGACCAGAAACCAGAGGAUUGGGAUGAGAGAGCAAAGAUUGCAGAUCCAGAUGCUGUAAAGCCUGAUGACUGGGAUGAGGAUGCUCCUGCUAAGAUCCCUGAUGAGGAUGCUGUGAAGCCAGAAGGGUGGUUAGAUGAUGAGCCAGAAUAUGUUCCUGACCCUGAUGCAGAGAAACCAGAGGAUUGGGAUGAAGACAUGGAUGGAGAAUGGGAGGCACCUCAGAUUGCAAAUCCAAAAUGCGAAUCAGCCCCUGGCUGCGGUGCCUGGCAAAGGCCAACAAUUGACAAUCCCAACUAUAAAGGCAAAUGGAAGCCUCCCAUGAUUGAUAAUCCUAAUUAUCAGGGUAUCUGGAAGCCAAGAAAAAUUCCAAAUCCAGACUUCUUUGAAGACCUGGAACCUUUCAAAAUGACCCCCUUUAGUGCUCUGGGGCUUGAGUUAUGGUCUAUGACUUCAGAUAUAUUUUUUGAUAACUUCAUCAUCUGUACAGACCGGGCCGUAGCUGAUGACUGGGGUAAUGAUGGAUGGGGUCUAAAGAAGGCAGCAGAUGGUGCAGCUGAGCCUGGUGUUGUGGGUCAGAUGAUGGCAGCUGCUGAAGAACGUCCCUGGCUUUGGGUCGUCUACAUCUUGACUGUGGCACUGCCUGUGUUUCUCGUCAUCCUUUUCUGCUGCUCUGGAAAGAAGCAACCAAGUGCUGCGGAGUACAAAAAGACAGAUGCGCCUCAGCCAGAUGUUAAUGAGGAGGAAAAGGUAGAGGAAAAAGAUAAGGGAGAAGCAGAGGAUGAAGAAGAAGAAACCAAUGAGGAAAAGCCAGAAGAUAAGCAAAGGCGUGAUGGUGAGGCAGAAACUGCUAGUCAAGAUGAAGAGGAGGAAGAGGAGGAGGAAGGAGGAGGAGAAGAAGAAGAAGAAGAAGAAGAAGAGGAAGAUAGUAAAUCCGAUAGAAAGGAGGAAGAAAGUGUGAAUAGAUCACCCAGAAACAGAAAACCAAGAAAAGAUUGAAAUAUCUUAAGAACUUGAUCUGAUUCAUUUCCCCCAACAUGGUUUUGGGAGAGGACCUUGGAUACUUUUUGCUGAAACUCAAAAAACCUCAAGAUUCACCAUCCACAGGUUCCUGUCAAAUGCUCUCCAGUGUAAAUGGGUGUUUAGCAGUCAAAUACUUGCAUUGUGUUUUUAAGUAGAAAAAUCCUGUAGAAAAAAAUGCAUUUAACACAACCCAGCUAUAAAUUUCUGGAAUGUUACAAGAACUAACAUUUUUCUUUGUUUUUAAAUAGAAUGAUAGAAUUGCCAGUCUCAAAACCUUGGCUUAAAUUAAUGUAUUAAUCUGUCAAUGGAAAUGAACACCAACCUUUAGAAAAAUGCUACAUAUACAAUUUUUAUAUAUUUUUUGUAAACAUGGACAUUCUUAUAGAACAUUUAUUUCCCUUAGUUUGAUCAUGUUCAAGUAAAUGAGUCAAUGCCAUCACCAUGUUUCCAGUUCAUUGAAUGAAAGCAGAAGUUAAAAUCCUUUGAAAUAAAUUUUAUCAAGUCCUUCUUUCUUUGUUGGGGGAAAAACCACAAUGAUGCCAUAAAAUUUGUAUUUUGGCUAUGGGCGCUGCCCAGGUUAAACAGUAUUCAUAAUCAGCCUGAAUUCGGGAGCAGAUUUUGGUUUAGGGUACAAAGGUUAAGGUUGGACUGUCUUCUUGCUUUAGGCCUUAAAUUGUCCUCAGUAUGAGGUUUGUCUUCUUUCUUUUUACAAUUUCCCCUGUGGUUUUAAAAGCUCCUUCCUCUUUUUCUAUCCGCUGCUGUGCAAUUCCUUCAUAAGUUGCUGUAGUUGCUGUAGACUACAUAUGCUCAACUCACUGUUCAGUCUAUUGUGUGCUUUUUGCCCGUUGUAUGUACAUUCAUUUACAGUGAUCAGGCAAUCUAAAUAGAUUUACAUCGAAUGAAGAUAUCAGUAUUUGUAGAUGAGGAAGGAGCAUGUGAAAACUCAUUGGGUCUAUGUAACAUACCACUCUUCAUAUAUCAAACCAUUGUGAAUGUAGGGAUUUCCAGUUCCAGCUAAAUAAAUUUUGUAAGUGUCUUGCAUUUGAGCAUCUAACCAUUCAGAACCCCCUUUGAAUGGAUUGUAGAUGACCCUCUUGUAUAUCUCUAAGGGUGAAACUCUGCUCUGGAUAGUGUGAUGAGAUAUAGGAGAUAAUAGAAGAAAAAUGCUUCAUCGACUGUAGGCCUCUGUUUAAUCAUAGAGGCAAACCUGUUGUAAGUGCACUGAAUAGAACACUCCCAAAUUUGUCAGAGAAACCGAAAGAGUUUGGCUGCCUGCAAGAUAUGACUGUCGUGUCCAAACAUGUAAUCAUAAAUGUGCUAUGGAACUUCUUGAUUUAGUCAGUGUAUAGCUUGUUUUCAAAUGAAGCUUUAAAAUCUACUUAAGGACCAUUUUGCUUUUAGAAGCCAGAUUGUUUGCACCUUGUAACAUUUUCUAAUUCCCUGAUUUUUCCACAUCUGUGUUGCUGCAUUGGAAGCCAUAGAACUUGCAGACAGUGCUUGAAUCAUUGGCUCUUUUUAGUUGUUCAGGCAGUGGAUAAAAAUACUGUUCAUAGCUGCCUCUCAUCCAUUUUUCUGCACUUGCAUUGGGUGUUUAACAACACAGAAUUAGAACUAAUUUUAAUGCUUGAGUUAAUGUUGUCUUUUGAAGAAGCUGUUUUAUUCUUUUAUUUCUCUGUAGAACCCAUAUUCUUUUCUUUCCAAAAUAGUUGCUGAAAUGAACUUCUUUUUAGUUAAUGUCAGGAGGCAAUGCUUAAUUUAAAGCUAAAGAUGUAAUACUUUUGAUGUUCACAGGGCUUUCUCCAGAAUGCUCUGCUGUUUGCAUGGUUUGGCUUUUUUAUGUCAGCAAAAUUUGCAAAGGCACUACAAAAACUUUUGUUUUUAAAGUUUAUGGCUUGAAAUGUACUAUUUCCAAAACCUUGAUUCCAAUGUGUCUUGGUGAACACAGAUUACAGAAUAUUCUACACCAGGCAAUUAUCAUAUCUGCUAUGUCAAAGUAAAACAAGAGUUCGCGUAUUAUGAAGUUGUUGAGUUUCCAAAUAAUUGAAGUGCUGUGACUUGAAGGAUGGUUAUUUUUUUAAGUUUGAAGAAAGCAUUUGGAUGUAUGAAAUAUUUUGCUCUGACAGAGUUUAACUGAUAGCAGGAAAAUAAUUCUAUAUAUUAAGACCAUAUAGAAAAUGUAUUAUUGCACAGAAGGGAAUAGCAAGGUGAAUGGGAUGUUAGACUACUUACUUGAUUUUUAUUUUGAUCAGAAAAUAAAGAUAGCAUCAUAGCAGCUUCAAAUCCAUUGGUGUUAGUGUGUUGGGUAAAAGUAGACUCUUUUUCAUCAAGAUAAUGUUCUUUGAUGAACAGCUGGUCUUUCUGAAAAUAACACUGCAAAGUUGCACAUGUUUAAAAUGCUGAUGUAAAAUGCACUGAGUUUCAUAUAUGGAUAUUGCAGAUGACAGGGGACUCUUAUACAAUCAACCAUUAAUGAGGAAAAAGUACCCUGCGUCUUGAAAGCUUAGCUCCACUUGAUUUGUGGCAGUAAAUAUGGUGCUUUUUCUUGGCACCCUUCUGCCUUCUCUUCAGCUAUAGUCUUCUAAUGCCAGUAUUGCCUCCAUACAAGUUUCAAAUGCAACCACCCUCAAAGUGUUGGAAAAAAGACUGUGAUUUUCUCAUAAGUCCUGACUGUUAUAAAAAUGAUAAACCUGAAGAUGCAGUAUGCAUAUAAAUAUAUUGGUUAAGUUAUGAACAAAUGUAAGCAUACUCUGAUUAAUAAAGAAACAUAAACCACUAUUUUCUAUUGUCUAGUUUACUAUAAUUUUUUAUCUUUGGAGUUUAGUAUUAGGACACGAAUAAAAGACCAAAUAGUUCUGAAAGAACUAAAUAUGCAAAAAGCAUGUUGGUCUAGCAUUCCGUUUGAGAUGUACUGAAAAUACAGCUAUCUUAACAUUUAAAAAAAAUAUUCCAUCUUGCUUCAUUUGCAGAUUUCUGUGUGCCCAUGCCUUCAAGUCACCUUUAUUAGGCAGGGAAUAUUCAGAUGGUGGUUUGCCAAUUCCUUCCUCUAAAAUCUGACAUUAGUUGACAGUUUCCCAUCUAAAUACUGAUUAGGGCUUAACCCGCUUAGUUUAUACGAUCAGGUUUUUUUUAAAAAAAAGUUCAAGUAAACAUAUGUCCUUUUAGAGGUCUAAGUCAUCUGAAUUAUUUUUAAAAAUUGUCUUGCUCUUCAAAAUGUGGCUUAUUUAGUCUAUUAUUGGUAAUUAUGGACAUGACAGGAAAUGCAGUUCUACAAAGUUAGGAAACUGGACAGAAUUUCAUAGAAAGUAUUUGUAUAUCUAUGUGGUUACAUACUUAGUGUACAAAAAAUUAAUUCAACCUAGUUAUGGCUAAUACAUUUCUCCCAAACUAUUUCUGUUAAUAUUGUACAAUUCUUAUUUGGAACUAUUAACACAUUUUCUGUCAUAUAAUAUGAAUAAUCAAAGUAUUUUAUCCAAUUAACUGAGUUGUUCCAGGCCUGCACAACCUGUGGCCCUCGGGUGUUUGGGCCUUCAACUCCCAGAAGCCCUAGUCAGCUUGUCCAAUGGUCAGGAAUUCUGGGGGCUGAAGUGCACAACACCUGGAGGGCCACUGGUUGUGCAGGCCUGAUGGACUCUCCACUUCAGAUCUGUUACUUCAAAUUCCAGUUCCAGAGAUGACAGCUUUCAGUACAUUGACCAUUGAGCAGAAUGUAGGCUAGGAAUCUGCUGAUAUAUAUCCAGUGAUGAACAGUAAGUUAGCAAAGAUUUCAAAUUUGCAGUGUGCUCAUAAUAGUAAAAACAAAGAUGUUUACCCUGUCUAAACCAGGCAGCUAACAUGAAAUGACUCAAAUGUGUUUGUAAGAAGUUGCAUCCAUGUGUCCCACUUCUGGAACUUGAGUUGAGCAUAUGUCUAGAGGCAGCCUUGGUGCAGGAUCUGAAAACUAUGAUUCCUCUUCUACAUAGGAUGGCUGAAUUAGGCUGCAAGUAACUAUUACCUACAUACCACAGUGGGAAUCAUUUGUGUGUCGAUAAAAACUGGUAUACAAUAGAUGGGGGAAAGACCCAUAGUUUUGGCCUCCUGUGUGAUAUGAUAUAGUGUGCUUGGGGCCAGAAGUGUGGGAUUUUGGAAUACCUGUUUGCAUAUAGGAAGAUGCUCAACCUGUACUUGACUCCUUUUCAAUCCAGCAGUAGCUAUUGGCUUUCUCAUCUUUUCUCAUUUCAGCCACUUUGGGUCUCACUUUAAGAGACAGAUGGAUUUCAAUUCCAUUCAAUUAAUAAAUACAAUAAAACCUUG